AUGGAUACCAAGGGCUGUACAACCGAUUCUUCAUCAACUACUCUCCAAAACUGCUCUAGGAUUACAAAUUUGAAGACCAUCUCUCCAAACAAAAGCUGCCAUGCUACUUGUCUUGAAACCAAGAGCUGCCAAUCAACUAGCUGUGUUCUCAGAAAUCCCCAGGCCCAGAGCUGCCAUACUACUCCUUGCUUUUGUCGCAUGCCCAUCUGCCUACCAAGCACCUUCAAUACCUGCGUCUCUCUGGACGACUGCAACUGGUGUGGUGAAGGUAUCAACAGUAAUGAGAAAGAAACUAUGCAAAUCUUGAACUAUCGCCUUUCCAAAUACCUGGAAAAGGUGCAAAUGCUGGAACGAGAGAAUGCUGAUCUGGAGUGUAAAAUCCAGGAGGAGUGUAACAAAGAAGUUCCUAUUGUUUGUCCUGAAUACCUGACCUACUACACUAUCAUUGAGAAGCUUCAGCAGAAGAUCUUGUGUACCAAGGCUGAGAAUUCCAGGCUGGUCUCACAAAUUGACAACACCAAACUGGCUGCUGAUGACUUGAGAGCCAAGUACGAAGCGGAGGUGUCCCUACACCAGCUGGUGGAGGCAGAUGCCAAGGGCCUGCAGCAAAUCCUGAAUGCAUUGAGCCUGGGAAAGGCAGACCUGGAGGCCCAAAUGGAGUCUCUGAAGGAGGAGCUCCUCUGCCUCAAAAGCAACCAUAAAGAGGAAAUCAAUUCCUUACAGAGUCAGCUUGGUGACAGACUCAACAUUGAAGUGACCGCUGCCCCUUCAGUUGACUUAAACCAGGUUCUACAAGAAAUGAGAUGCCAGUAUGAGUCCAUUAUAGAAACAAACCACAGAGACGUGGAACAAUGGUUCAACAUGCAGAUGGAGGAGCUAAACCAACAGGUGGUGACAAGCUCCCAACAGCAGCAGUGUUGCCAGAAGGAGAUCAUUGAACUGAGACGUACCGUGAACACGCUGGAGAUUGAGUUGCAGGCCCAGCAUCGAAUGAGAGAUUCUCAGGAAUGCAUGCUGGCGGAGACGGAGGCCCGCUACACGACCCUGCUGGCCCAGAUCCAGUGUCUGAUCAAUAGCCUGGAGGCUCAGCUGGCAGAGAUCCGGUGCUCCCUGGAAAGACAGAACCAAGAAUAUGAAAUUCUUCUGGAUGUCAAAUCCCGACUGGAGUGUGAGAUUGCCACUUACCGCAGUCUUCUGGAGAGCUCAGACGGCAAGCUUCCCUGUAACCCGUGUGCCACCAAAUGUGACGCUCGCACUUGCACAUCCUUUAAGGCUAGAGCCACAGAAUGCACAGCCCCUGUUCAUGUGCCAUGCAGCUGCUGUGCAUCCUCAGCCUCCACUACGGGACAUGAGCCCUGCAGCGUCUGCAGAUCCCUGCCUCGGAUACUGGUCAAAAUAUGCACCACCACCCAGGAGAUUAAGGACGGGAAGGUCAUUUCUUCUCACGAGCAUGUACAACCAUGCUACAUCACCAGACUUGCUAAAGUCUAA